GCUGUGGUCAGAUUAUGAGAAUUCUACAUGCUGCCCGCCAUAUUGAAUUGUUGUCGAGAAUGUCGAAAAUGCCAAGUACUUUACAUAAAUAUGAUACUAAUUAAGUACAAUAAAACCGUACAUGCAUGAAAUGUUUGUGAUUUAUAUCUAGACUAUAAGUAGUGCUGCCAUAUUGUUAUUUUCUUGUGCGAAAAUGGAGGCCGAUGCGAAUGCUAAAUCCUACGACGAAGUCAGUGGACCACAAAUCGAAGCAGGUAGUCAAUUUAUCCGUGAGUUAAACCUCUCCUUGGGAGACAAAGUGCUUGACAUGGGUUGCGGCACAGGCCAUCUCACUAAAUAUAUCGCUGAUAUUGUUGGCCCUAAUGGUCAGGCGGUCGGAAUCGAUCCCGAUGCCGAGCGAAUCAAAAUUGCUGAAGAGAAAUCUAAAGAAGUCGGUAAUCUUCAGUUCUGUGUUGGCAGCAGUGUGAUUGGAUUUCCACACGACACUGAACCGUAUUACGAUGUUCAUAUCAGCACGAAUGCAUACCACUGGGUUCCUGAUGAUGAGAAAAUAAUUUACAUACAGAAAGCACAUCGAUGUUUGAAAGCUGGGGGAAAACUGGCCAUCUGGUGUGUCGCAAAGACGCCCAAUGGCAAUGGCAAUGAGAAGAAAAUUGGAGUUUAUACGUUAACCCAAGAGGGCCAUCGAGAUAUGUUUCAAGAGGUGGGUCUCUUCAACAAUGUUGUGGUAGAUGCACCGAUCUACCCAUAUCGAUAUGAAUCAUUUGAAGAAUUCAAGAGAUGGUUCAAAGCUACAACUCGCCAGGACCUGGAAACUACCAAAUCAGAGGACUUACUUAAGAAAUUUGUUACCACAGAAGACGAUGGGCAAGUCACUUGUAAAGUACCAUGUAUUCGCAUCACAGCAUGCAAAGAUUGAUCGGGAUAAAAUGGCCUGCAGUGAUUCAUGUACAGUAUAUAUGUCCCUGCAUUGCAUGUACCUAUAGUAGCCUAGACAACUUUUGCCAGUGAAGUAAAUAUGCUUUCGACUAAUGUAAUAAGCUAUUGCUCAGACGCGGCCAAAUUCCAUGUAAGUUUCAGUGGUAUAUGGAAGAGAGUUACAGAUUGACGUUAGAAACCCUUAGAUUGACGUUUACGGCAAACGUCAAACCGCAAACGAAGUUUUUGAUUUUACAACCCUAUUAUAUAUAAUAGCUUUUACACCACUUUUGAAAUAUAUUAAUUAAACUUGUAGUAUUUAUAACAAUGAUUCAAGAAAACAAAUUAACCACUAAUCAUAUAUUCACCAAGGCAGUAAACUAAGAUUUAGCGUUUGAAGGUUACGUUUGACGUAUAAAUUUCAUACUUUAACGACUACAAGCCUUCCUAGCAGUUCAAGCAUAAAAUUUAUACGCCAAACGUCAACUUCAAACGCCAGAUCUUAGGCCGGUUUUAUACGUUGAAUUUCGGUAGCGUCGAAUGCAAUUCAAAUGACAAUAGAUAAUGAAGCUUAAUUAAUAAGGUUUAUCAUCUCAUUAUCUAUUGUCUUAAUUGCAUUUGACGCGACCAAAAUUCGACGUAUAAAACAGGCCUAAAUUACUGCUUUGGUGAAUACGUGACUAGUGGUUAAUUUGCUUUCUUAAAUCAUUGCUACGUUUGCCAUAAACGUCAAUCUAUUAUGACAGACGUAUUUUGAGGUCAACUGUUAGUUGUUCCAAGUUAAUUAGGAAAUUUAAUUUUUGUGACUCAAAUUGAAGCAUGAAUUAGCUACUGUCGACAGAGGCGCCGGAAUAUCGAUAAUUGGGGGGGGGGCAGAUAUUCAUAUAUUCGUGUUCUGCCCAAUUAAUUUCUUUUGAAAUCGAUUGUUUUUACAGUCUGUGAACACGAAUAUAUGAAUAUCUGCCCCCGCAAUUAUCGAUAUUCCGGCGCCUCUGACUGUCGAAAACUUGUAGAACGUACCUUCAAAUGCGAUUUGAAGAUUACCGUUUGCGGUUAGGCCUGUUUUAUACGUCGGAUUUUGGUCGCAUCGAAUGCAAUUAAGACAAUAGAUAAUGAGAUGAUAAUCCUCAUUAAACUUCAUUAUCUAUUGUCUUCAUUGCAUUCAUUCAAAAUUCGACGUAUAAAACGGGCCUAUAGCGGUCUGUCGUAAACGUCAAUCCGUAACACUGAACGGUAGUAAAAGCGAUUAUAGUGUUGUUAAAGUGCCUGUUUGGUCAAUUUGAAUAUUCCAAGGAUGAUUGAUAAUUAAAUUGCAGAGUGAAUAUAUAGUUUAUAGUGAUAUAGUAUUGGAACAGAGGAAGCUAAGAAAGGUUAUAUGUCUGUAUGACACGAACCAUUAAGCUAUAGAGGCCUACUUAGCCUGCGUAGCAGGCGUUUAGUGCGGGCGGGAGAAAAGAGGGCGUCGUCGAGGGAACGCCUUCCCAAAU